AUGGAGGCGGCGGUGGAGAAGAAAGAGACGGAGCAGGAGGAGCAGCAGCUACCGCAUGCGCGGAAGGAUGACGCGCCCGCCGCCGCCGAGGAAUACGAAGCGGAUUCGAAGGAGACCGAGCGCCGCAACUGCGACCUCAAGGCCGGCCUCCACCCCCGUAGGCACAAGCUCGUGCUAUGGUACACGCGCCGGACGCCUGGUGCGAGGUCGCAGGCGUACGAGGACAACAUCAAGAAGAUCAUCGAUUUCAGCACAGUCGAAUCGUUCUGGGUUUGCUACUACCACCUUGCGCGUCCUUCUUCCCUGCCGAGUCCCACUGACCUUCAUCUCUUCAAGGAUGGCAUUUGUCCCCUCUGGGAGGAUCCUGCAAAUCAGAAUGGUGGCAAGUGGAUAAUUAGAUUCAAAAAGGCAGUUUCAGGUCGAUUCUGGGAGGAUUUGGUAAGUGAACUUGUGCUAUCAAUCAUCCUACCAUUUUUUGUGAUGAAUCACUCUUUGAUUGGCAAGCUAUCAUAUGGAAUGUCAUGGUGA